CUCUUCCAUACUUUCAUAAAACUCUACUAUUUACUUCUUUCCCUAAUAAUAAUUUUCUGAUUCUUUAAUCCAUCUCCAUCACUCCACCCACCCAACACACAACCUCAUUUCAUUCUCAUCAAACAACUCAUUAGACAAUCAUGGACAAGUUCAAGGAGAAACUCGCUGCCCUUCGUGAGGAAGUCAACGCCGCUCUUGCUCGUGCAGAGACUGCAGAGAUGGAGGUCAAGCGUCUGAACGAUGAGAUUAAUGAGAAGGACCAUCAGAUCACAUCGUUGCAGAACAAGGUGACAUUGACAGAAGCAGAGCUUGAGAAGGCAGAGAACAAGAUUGCAGAGACCAAGCUCAACUUGGAUGAAGGCGAAACCACCAAGACCGUAGGCGAAGGUCUGGCCAGAAAGGUUUCUUUGCUCGAGGCCGAGUUGGAGACCGCUGAACACAACCUCCGUGAUACUACUGAGAAGCUCCGCCAAAUGGACAUUAAGGCCGAACAAUUUGAGCGCAAGGUGCAGCAUUUGGAGAAUGAGCGUGAGACCUAUGAGCGCAAGAUUGAAGACUUGACCUCAAAGUAUAAUGGAAUCAAGGCAGAAUUGGAUGAGACUCUCAAGUCACUCGAGGACAUGUAAACGUGGAACAUCCCCAAUCAUUUUUUACUUUUAAUAAAGAAUAAUAAGAAAAAAAAAAAG